CUGGGCAGAGAGAGACACGCUCCUUGCUCGGAUUGAACGUAUGGAAAGGCGGAUGCAGCUGGUAAAGAAGGAUAACGAGAAAGAAAGGCAUAAGCUGUUUCAGGGCUAUGAAACUGAAGAGAGAGAGGAAGCGGAGCUCUCUGAGAAAAUUAAACUGGAGUGCCAGCCAGAGCUUUCUGAGACGUCCCAGACUCUGCCUCCCAAGCCUUUCUCAUGUGGGCGGAGUGGAAAGGGACACAAAAGGAAAUCCCCAUUUGGAAGUACAGAAAGAAAGAUUCCUGUUAAAAAGCUGGCUCCUGAAUUUUCAAAAGUCAAAACAAAAACUCCUAAGCACUCUCCCAUUAAAGAGGAACCCUGUGGUUCCUUAUCUGAAACUGUUUGUAAGCGUGAAUUGAGGAGCCAAGAAACUCCAGAAAAGACCCGGUCUUCAGUGGACACCCCGCCAAGACUCACCACUCCCCAGAAGGGACCCAGCACCCAUCCCAAGGAGAAAGCCUUCUCAAGUGAGAUCGAAGAUUUGCCGUACCUUUCCACCACAGAAAUGUAUUUGUGUCGUUGGCACCAGCCUCCCCCAUCACCGUUACCAUUACGGGAAUCCUCUCCAAAGAAGGAGGAGACUGUAGCAAGGUGUCUGAUGCCAUCAAGUGUUGCAGGAGAAACUUCAGUCUUGGCUGUUCCUUCUUGGAGGGACCACUCAGUAGAGCCUCUAAGGGACCCAAAUCCUUCAGACCUUUUGGAGAACCUAGAUGACAGUGUGUUUUCAAAGCGGCAUGCAAAACUGGAGCUGGAUGAAAAGAGAAGGAAAAGAUGGGAUAUUCAGAGGAUCAGGGAACAAAGAAUUUUACAGCGACUGCAGCUCAGAAUGUAUAAAAAGAAAGGAAUUCAGGAAUCUGAGCCUGAGGUUACCUCAUUUUUCCCUGAGCCAGAUGAUGUUGAAAGUUUGAUGAUUACUCCCUUCUUGCCUGUUGUAGCAUUUGGACGACCAUUACCAAAAUUAACUCCACAGAAUUUUGAGCUGCCCUGGUUGGAUGAGCGUAGCCGAUGCAGGUUGGAGAUCCAGAAGAAGCAAACACCUCACCGGACGUGUAGGAAAUAACUGUGCUGGCAAGAACCUUCUGUCUUCAGAUAGUUGUAGCGUGCCAUUCCCAGAGAGUGGCAGAGACCUGUAUAUGUGACCUGUGUCCUCAUGUAUGUUAUUCACUGAUAAUGCCCUUCCAUACUCCCUUGAUCUUGGUUUUGUUUUCAUCAUUCUGAUUUCACAAAAACUCUUUCAUUGGGCUAAUUGUGAGUUAUAGAAGGUGAUUGGGAUAUCUUUUCCUCUUUUGGGGAAAUGAGCUCUCAAUCUAAAUCUCUAGGGUGGCAGAUUUGGAAGCUUGCAGGGUCUGCUUCUAUACAUUUGCCUAUGUUAAUGGGGUAAAAGGGCUCUUUCAUUACACUUGUGGAAAUAAAGCAUCCCCUGCCGUUAGAUCUGUGCUGCAUGGCACUCUUCUUGCCCUAGUAUACCCUUCCAUGUAGUUUGAGUAUAGUGGUUUUUACCCUAAAACAAAACAAAACAAAAAAACCCAACACCAUGAGCUUAAGGACCAGAUGAGGAAUUAUUGAAGUGAUGAAGCAAGUCAUCUUCACAGGGUAGAAGUGUUUGGAGAGUUUGUAGAUAAAUAUCUGAAAAGACAGUUCUCUUAAAACUACUCUGUGAUAUAGCCAUGUGGGAAAGGAUGUUUGGCUGUGAUUUUUCUUUUUUUUGAGUUAAUGGGUAACUGAAUUUUUCCCCCCACCCCUCAAAAAAUAAAAUCUUUGGAAAACAGAAUGGGGAUGGUUACUUUUGGACAAGUUAUGGCUCUAAACGAAAGCAGUUGACAUUUGGGGAUGGCAUGCCAGAACCUGUAUAGAUGUCCUUGUGUCACAUCACUUCUCAAGUAUCCCUUUGUUGGGCUUUAUCCUUUUAGCUGAGCUCUUGGUGGUGGGAUAGAAAUUUAGGGAGGGUGGGGGGUGUAUAUGGAAAUAUGUGCUUCCUUUGGCUCGCAAAUGUCUACAUCUUUAAACAAACAGGUGUACCUAUUCACUUUGUAAAAACUGAUUUGUAUGUGUACCAUCUUGGUCCACCACCACCACCACACCCCUUUUGUUAAAAAAUGUCAGCCCAGCACUCCAGGCCACUUUAGUCUCAGUGUAAGAUCCCUGUAACUAUCUGGAAGGAAAAUAGAGCCGAGACCUCUGGUCUUCAAUAUAUAGGAAUUGCCUUUCUUUAGUCUUCAGGACUACCGUGUGAAAACAAGUAGGGGCCUAAUCUCCCAGAAGAUAGGGACUUUCAUCCUUGAAGAGAGUAUGUCCCCAGAUUAUUAGCACUUUUAGAGGAGAAGCCAAGGUAUGUAGGGUGUGUGGCCGGCCCAUCAGUGGAGCAUGAGAGAAUGGGAUACCAAUGUGGGAAGAAAAGUUAAGUUCCUCAGGGGCCUCCCACUGCUAGAGCUUUUUGUGAGAUGUUAAUCUGUGCUCCCUGGGUUUUACUUUUAAAAUAAUUAUUCCGGCAGCACAUGGAGUAUUCUUGGAUGAUCUUGCUGCUCUUAUUUCUCGUGUGUGUGUGUGUGUGUGUGUGUGUGUGUGUGUGUGUGUGUGUGUGUGGCUUUGGGUUUUCAUUUGUAACUCCAUCUGCUUAGGACAAGGGAACCUGCUAUGAACUUCAUUGCAAGAAUGUAGAGAGAAAUAGGACUUAUUCCACUAGGGGCUCUCGUCUCACACCUUGAGAAGAGGAAGGGGCUUUCCAGAGAAACGGCCAGGUUUUCUUUGUUCUCCAUCAUUUUAACAUGGCAAGCUGUUUGGUUUUCCGACUCUGACCUAUGUUAUGUUUCUUUAUAAUGUGCCCAAGAAGAAAAAAGACCAGUUAGUGUCUUUACUUUGUUCCUCGAUUCCUCGCAGUUUCUUCUUGAUUUUCAGCAUUUUUAUUGGAUUCCUAAUUUGGAUAUGAGUUAGCAAAUUAAUCUUUUGUUUGUGCCCUACCCAAGGGACUCCCCAGAUUCUGAACUUGAGCUAGACGAAGAGGAAUCCAUGAGGUGCUAUCUGGCCAGACUUAAGUGGAUUCUAUUUCCUUGGUUCUCCCUCUACCUAGAACCUCUUAUUUUAUUGUCCCCUCUUUUAGAUCAAUUCUCCUUUGAUUUGGAGAUAUUGAGGUUUGUUGAGAAGGAUUUUGGAGAGUAGAUUAGCAAAGUUCCAAGAGUGAAAUUACAGUGUGUUAAGAGUGUGGGGGGAAAAUUCAUCUUAUUUUUUCCCUACAUGGAGUACAACACUGUGAAAUUCAGUCUUCAACUGAAGGCCCUGCAGUUCUCCUAAAACAUAGAUCUUUGUUUCUUUCUUUAACAAAGUUUAAGCUAGUGUUAAUAAAUUAAAAAGAGAAAUUGCUUGUCUGUCCACUUCAGCUUUGUUUUAAGCCCAUUUCAUAUUGUUGUCUGUGUUGUAAUUCAUACUUUUGAUACCAUUUCUGAUGUGUAAAAUUGGUUGUCUUGUAAAUAUCUUAUAAAGAGUUCAAUUGUAAAUAAACUAUUGUGGCUGUUAA